CGGAGCUCUCUGCAGCCUGACCGAGGGGAUCUCUCUGCCACCUACCGUUAUCUGGAAAAUUGGGUGGAGUCACGUGGAGAUAAUCGUCUUAUCGGCGCGUUAUCGCCAACACCUUUUUGAGAUGUCGCGAAGCUGCCUGACUGACAUCACACCUAACAAAAGUUACACUCGCAACCUCAUAUUACACAAAAUGAGUGCAUUUACACCAAAACGAAAAGCGAAAGUAGUCAAGGUCCUCGAUGACGACGAAGAUGACGCGGGAAAAGUGUCGCCAACUGGUCAAGAGCCAGUAAAGGAUGAGGGUGAACCGGUAGCAGUAAAAUUCACAAGAAAGCCUUUUCGACAAUCUGGUUUGCGCAAGAGCAUCAAUUUUAACGAGACCGACGACUCAAACGGCGGCGUCGCGAUCGGCGCAACCACGAAACCCAAACCCAAAAUUGCUACACAGGACGAUGAGGAUGAGGAUGGGCCCGUAGUGAUUCGUCCCUCAGUGAGCCGUUCAAGCUCACUGAAGCAAAAGAAGCGCCAGUCCUCUUCAAGGUUGUCAUUUGGUGUUGCUGGAGGUGAUGGCGACGAGGGAGCAAAGCCGGGAUACACGACCCCCAAGAAGUCGACUCUGGGUCACCAGGCACUCGAGAACAGCGCUCUCAAGAACCGAUUGCCCAUGCGAUCAUUCCGCGACGAUGACGAAGACCGUCCAAAGUACAGCAAAGAAUACCUCAGCGAACUGCAAAACGAGACACCAAACACGCCGCAAAACCUAACGUCCAUGCGCAUGGAAGACGAAGACGGGAUGGAUCUGGACUCCUCCGAGCUGGAGGGCGCGUUGAUAGUCAACCAGGAUGAGUUUGCAUCUCGGCCGGCACAAACAAACAUUCUCACCGAAGCCGAGAUCCAGGAGAGAAAGCAGCGCCGGGCUCGGCUAGCGCAUGAGCAAGACGGAGACUUCAUCUCUUUCGACGACAACGAGGACGGCGGGAUCUCUCUGCGGAAGAAGAAAGCCGAAACUCGUCUCGUCGCUGAGGAUGAAGAUCUAGGUGAGGGCUUCGAUGACUUUGUCGAGGACGGAGGCUUGUCGCUGGGCAAGAGGGCCGAAAGGGAGGAGAAGCAACGCCGCAGGCGCGAGAUGGCUGAGCAGAUCAAGAUGGCCGAAGGCGACUCGGGUGAUGAGUCCGACGCUUCGGAGGCGGAACGACGCGCAGCUUUCGAGGCGGCACAGACGAGGUCGGGAAUGGACGGUUUAGAGAAGCCCGAGCGCAAUCCCGCCGAGCAGCUCCUGCAGGUCCCGCCAAAGAUCACCCCGUUGCCGAGCCUGACAGAUUGCCUUUCAAGGUUACAGGCUACGAUGCGCGCCAUGGAGCUCGAGCUUGCGGAGAAGAAGCGGCGGGUGGAUGAGCUGACACAGGAGAAGGAUGGCAUCAUGGUCAGGAAGGAUGAGGUGCAGCAGCUGCUCAACGAAGCUGGGCAAAAGUAUACUGCCGCUGUGGGCAACGGAGCAUCGGUCGAGUCGGCUACGCAAUCGCCAGCUAGACAGAUUACGAAUGCUGGAGCUAGUGAGCUGAGGGUUGAAAGAGGCCUCGAGAGCUUAGGAACAACUCCGAAUAAUCGUCCAGACGUAGGAGACGUCGAAUAGCUAUUGUAGUCGGGACCGACAGUACCUCAUAUUGCGAUACCCAAACUGGAGAAGAGAAAUCAUG